AUGAAUGCUGUGCAUAAUAUAUUGCUAUCAAAUGAAGACUGUGAAAAAAUAAUUGCAGCUGAUAAAAGUACGACAAAUGAACUAGUUAAAAUAAUUAAAUACGAACCAGAGCGCAUUCCUGGCAAACCCGGAUAUCUAGGAGAAUACACUUUCCUGGAUAUAUAUUUUGAAGUGGCAAAUGGAUCCAUCCUUUCCCAGCGGUACUUUGCAAAAUCGCUCCCGUACCACGACCAAGUGCUUACGACUGCUGUCGAAGAAUGGGGAAUAUUCCGCAAAGAGACAGAAUUAUAUUGUCAAAUAUUUAAUCAAUGCGUACGUAACACGAACAAGGUCAUAAAGUGGUCUCCUGAAUGUUUUCUUGCUAGAAAUAACCUGCUCGUAAUGGAAGAUCUUACGAGGAUGGGAUUUAAAACAAUAUCAUUCCAGACGACUUUUAACGAGCAUCACAUUAAGCUAGUUUUAGAUCGACUAGCGCAAAUGCACGCUUGUUCGUUUGAGUAUGAAAUAAACCGUCUUGAAGGACAGUCGAUUGGAUCGUUAUUUAACGAGCUAAUAUUGUUCGAAACCACAUUCACCGAAAGUAGUGGAUGGUUCAUGGCAGGACUUAAGGGAAUCGAAAAAAUUGCACUGGAAAGGAACCGUUAUGCGAUAGACCCGUCUAAGAAAUCUGUGAUACAGAAUCGAUUAUGGGACUGUAUGAAACAAAUCUUUUCGCUGGCAGAAUGUACAACUAAAUUUCGAUCAGUAGUCGUCCAUCGAGAUCUGUGGUUUAACAACAUCAUGUUUAAGUGCGACUGUUUGGACGCUAUGUGCGAGGAACCCAAGGAAUGCAUUCUGAUAGAUUUCCAGCUGGCACGUUAUUUGCCGCCUGCUGUUGAUUUUUUGUGCGCCCUAUACUUACUCACGGACAGUGAGCAUCGCAAGCGAUUUGAAAAGACACACGUGGAAUACUACUACGCAUCACUUCAACGGAAAUUAGCAAUAUUAGGACUAGACGGAGCAGCCAUUCUUUCCAGAGAACAGUUUGAAAAAAGCUUAGACCAUUACCGUCUUAUGGGUUUUGUUUGGACAGGCGUACUGCACGGUUUCGUAAAUUUUCCUCAAGGUGUUUUAGAUAAACUACAUCAUCACGAUCCAAAGACAUAUACUCGAAUGUCGAUGGAAAAUCGUGACGAUUUUAUUCUCAAGUAUUAUGAUGAAGAUCGGUACUUCCGCGAACGAUUAGACGAUAUCGUUACUGAGCUGUUACAGUUUUUAUUCAAUUUUUCUUAAACAGUUAAUACGAUGAAUUCAUUCAAACAAAUAUAGUGGAAAUAAACUGUCAACUUUAGCCUAAGAAAUCUGAAUAAAAGAAAUACCACGAGA